AUGGGUACCAUCACCGCGAGCCCCGUCGCUUCCGGUCUUGAGCUGGCAGAUUUCAUAGACCUUGAGAUCGACCAGCCUAUUCCGUCGGAUGCCCUCGCUCGUGUUCUUAGCGAGCCACCGUUCCGGAUUGUUGAAGGGGUGUUCAAUAUCCGCGAUUUAGGUCAGAGCGGCCACCCGGGAAUCCAGCCCGGCCUAGUCUACCGCUCUGGACUCCUCUCCAAUGUCACAGAAGUCGGAAAAACCCAGCUCAUGUCAGAGUUAUCGCUGGGUGCUAUUUUCGAUCUUCGAAGUCACAGGGAAAGAUUACUCUUCCCCCCUCCACAGUUACAUGAGCAGGUGAAGCAUUUCUGGCAGCCCCAGAUAGGGACACCCCCACCAGUCAACCUGAGCGACUUUACCGCUAAUAACGGCAACGAUGCGUAUAGGGAUAUGUAUUUGUAUAUCCUGGAGUCCCAUGUACCAAUCUUCAAGGGUCUACUAACCUAUAUCCGCGACGAAUUGAACGCUGGAUCUGCAGGGGAGAAGAAAGCUAUACUUUUUCAUUGUCAUGCGGGUAAAGACCGUACCAGCGUUACUUCGGCACUGCUGCUGGGCCUUGCAGGUGUUCCGAACGAACUUAUUGUGAGGGAUUACGCCUUGACAAGAGUCGGCAUUGAGACAGAGAAAGAGUAUCUUCUGCGCACAUUGCAACAGGCAUGGCCUGAGUGCGCUCCGGGAGCCGCAGGUUUCAAGGAGUUUAGUGCUAUUAAGGCUUCGUACAUGACGGCGUUUCUGGAGGCUGUCCAGGUGAAAUAUGGCGGAAUGGAGAGGUUUGCGAUGGAUGUGAUUGGCAUGAGCAAAGCUGAUGUCGAGGCUGUUCGGGCUGUGUUGAGAGGAGAAUCAUGA